AUGGGCUGCGAUCGAAACCGUGGGCUCAUCACUGGUGCUGUCAUUGGUGCAGUCCUGGCUGUGUUUGGUGGUAUUCUAGUGCCAGUUGGAGACAUGCUUAUUGAGAAGACAGUUAAAAAGGAAGCUGUCCUUGAAGAAGGUACAAUUGCUUUUAAAAAUUGGGUUAAAACAGACACAGAUGUUUAUAGACAGUUCUGGAUAUUCGAUGUACAGAAUCCAGAAGAAGUGGAAGUUCACAGCAGCAAAAUUAAAGUCAAGCAAAGGGGUCCUUACACAUACAGAGUUCGUUAUCUAGCCAAGGAAAAUGUAACCCAGGACCCUGAGACCCACACGGUCUCUUUCCUGCAGCCCAAUGGCGCCAUCUUUGAACCCUCGCUAUCAGUUGGAACUGAGGAUGACACGUUCACCAUUCUCAACCUGGCUGUAGCAGCUGUACCACAUCUAUAUCCAAAUUUAUUUAUUCAAGGAAUACUCAAUUCACUUAUCAAAAAGUCCAAAUCUUCUAUGUUUCAAAACAGAACUUUGAAAGAACUAUUGUGGGGCUAUACGGAUCCAUUCUUGAAUUUGGUUCCAUAUCCUGUUACUACUACAGUUGGUGUGUUUUAUCCUUACAACAACACUGCAGAUGGAGUUUAUAAAGUUUUCAGUGGAAAAGAUGACAUAAGCAAAGUUGCCAUAAUUGACACAUAUAAGGGCAAAAAGCAUCUCUCCUAUUGGGAAAGUUAUUGUGACAUGAUUAAUGGUACAGAUGCAGCUUCAUUUCCACCUUUUAUUGAGAAGACCCGGGUAUUGCAAUUCUUCUCCUCGGACAUUUGCAGGUCAUUUUAUGCUGUGUUUGGAGCCGAAAUUAAUCUAAAAGGAACCCCUGUGUAUAGAUUUGUUCUUCCAUCCAGGAUUUUUGCAUCUCCACUUCAAAAUCCAGACAACCACUGUUUCUGCACAGAAAAACUUCUCUCAAAAAAUUGUACCUUAUAUGGUGUGCUAGACAUUAGCAAAUGCAAAGAAGGAAAACCUGUGUACAUUUCACUUCCUCAUUUUCUACAUGCAAGUCCAGAAAUUGCAGAACCUGUUGAAGGCUUAAGUCCAAAUGAAGAAGAACAUAGCACAUACUUAGAUAUUGAACCUGUAACUGGAUUCACUCUACAGUUUGCAAAACGGCUGCAGAUCAAUAUAUUGGUUAAACCAGCAAGAAAAAUUGAAGCAUUAAAACACCUAAAGCAGAACUAUUUGGUGCCUAUUCUUUGGCUUAAUGAGACUGCCACCAUUGCUGAUAAGAAGGCAGCAAUGUUCAUAGAUCAAGUAACUGGAAAAAUAAACCUCCUUCACCUGGUACAAAUAAUCUUACGGAGUAUUGGUACAGUGAUGUUUGUUGCUUUUAUGAUUUCAUACUGUGCAUGCCGAGUGGGGUGUUAA